AUGGGAAGCAUAACAAGGAGACGCAAAAGGAAAUUGCUGCUGCCGCUGCUGUUGACUACUGCCGCUGCGCUUUGGCUGCUCCUUGUGUAUUUCACGCUGUGGAUGGUGGAGCGGCGGGUGGUAUCUACUCCGGCGACGCCGGCGUUGGUGGCAGUGGCUGUCAAGGAGGCAACAGCAGUCGUUGUCAACGGACCCACCUCGGUAAAUAAUCAGCCCUGGGCGUCGAUACUAACGAAUUUGAUGGCGUUAGGAUACGAGCGAGAAGCACAGUUUGAUUUGAAUUACCGCAGUGCAUGGCGUUGGCCAAACGGGUCAUGUCCAAUGGCCGCAGCAGGCAUCCUGCCGCUCGUGGCGCAAAGCCGGCACGCCCCCAUCGCCUAUCUCACAUUCAUCUCCAAUGAGAAGUUUGUGGAUGGGGCCUUGGUGCUUGGCGCGUCACUGCGCAACACCUCCCGCUUUCUUCAGCACGGCGUGGCGGACUUAGUUGUCAUGGCCACCGUCAGCCGCAUCAGCGAGGCGUCGAGAAGACGCCUGCUUAACGAAGGAGGAUACACGCAUGUGUUUGAGGUCCCCUCGCUGGCCCAACGCGUUCACGCGACUUCGGGCCUCUUUCGCGACACACUUGACAAGAUAUACAUGUUUAACCUUACCAUGUAUGAGAAGCUUGUAUAUAUGGAUGCCGACAUGAUUGCGAUACGCAGCAUGGAUAGUCUUUUUUCAAGGCCCAGAGUGCGGGGGCCGGACUACGUGGCGGCGGUGGGUGGCAAAGGCUACUUUCAGACCGGCAUGAUGAUUAUCAUUCCAACUCAAGAGAUGUUUAACUGCAUCUACGACCGGCUUAUUCGUGGAACGCCGCCAAAUGGACGUCGGUUUAUCGGUUCCUCAGCCCGUGAUGGGGCACUGCUGCGGGAUGUUUUUCAGACACACUUUCACCCGAUAAACCCAAUGUACAGCCGCAACCUUAAUCCCCGAUAUCGUGUGGACAUGAAAAUUCCAGGUGAGGGAACCGUCGUGGCUGUUCACCUGCGUGGCAUAAUAAAGCCAUGGUUUGACCGGCGGUUGCCAAACUUGCAAACUAAAUUGGGCAAGAAGGAGUUUGGCUUCACCUACCUGCAUUGGUGGACCCUGUAUGAGGAAAAAAUACACAAAAAGAGCGCCCACUACGUGAAGAUGCUGCAGAUGCAGUCGGAGGGACGUGCAUCGGGUUCCGAAGCCGUUGUAGUGGACGGCAUCGCGUUUGGGAUGGAUCGCACCGACGCGGAUGGUACGCCCGUCUCUCCCUUAACACACGUGUGGAUGCAGCGGUACUCCGAGGAUGCAUACACUCAGCUUCUCUCGUCUGAGGAGAAGCGGCGACGCAAUCGUACAAUGCCGUCCAUGCAAAAAAUUCCUAGUCCAACGUUUGGUCUUUCAUGCGAUGCCGUGUGUGCUCAACGGGGGCUGCGAUGUGUCUCUGAAGCGCUUUACUUCACCUCACUCAAUGACUGCGCGGAACUGCAGUCGGUGUUUGGAUGCAGGCGGUGCGAGCUGGGCGUCUACUGGCGGCAGCACCCCGGGAGUGACUUCCCCGCCCUGGAAGAGGUCUCGCAGGAGACGGAAAAUAAGAAGAGCCAAGGGCAUAGGCAGCACAGGAAUAACUCGACCAGCCUCGUGUGUCGGUAUAACUACUUGCACGAUGAGCGUGGGCUUCCCAACUGCACGGCUAGCCACUCGGCCACUCGUCGCUACUGCCCCUGCGUGCCCGUCUCAUGA